AUGGCCCCUAUGUCGUACUAUCCAUAUUUGUAUGUCACUGCUACUCAAUAUCAACAACCGCCAUGUCAGUAUCAACCGCAGAAAAGUAAUAAACAACCAACACCUGCUCAGAAAAAUCAGAAUCAACAAUACAACCAUGCAACAAAGGACAAGGUCAAGGAGAUUCUGUCAUUCUCCGAGGAAAACCCCAAUGUGAAAACAAAUCCUCUGCCAAAUCAUGACAGUUCAGCAGUCAACGUCGUGAUCAAAGAGGAAACAGAAGAAUUUGUACUAAGGGCCGACGAUGUAAAGACUCCGCUGUCAUUGGUGUUGAAGAGGCUUGAACAGUUUGGGUUUCUAGCAGGUAUAAAUGAUGAUUGCGCAGUAUGUGAAGGUGAUCCAGACAAUUGCGACGAGUUAAGGGGUUGUGUGCAGGAGCUGAUGGAUAAAGGGUUGAUACAGUUCUCGAGGUCCAAGGCAGUAGAGAAAGUUGCAGUAAUCGAACCAAUAACUAUUGUGUAUAGGAAAAAGAAGGUCGAAGAUCCUCCCAAGAGGAUUCAGCCAAUUCAUUUAUGUAUUUCUAGUCUGUUUCCAUAUCAGAAUAUCAAGGCAGUGCCUUGGAAUUAUGAGACAACUGCAUAUCUGGGUGGAAAAGAAAUUCGUAUUCCUGACACUAAAAUCGUCAACAUAGAUGGAACGGGAGGCAUGACCCGCAGUGGCCGUGUAUUCGCUCCAAAAUACACUCCUAGGGUGUCUCCAUCACCCACAGUUAUCCCGCCCAAAGAGAAUGUCAUUCCUACUCCUACUCCGCAGGCAGGGGCAACUAUACCUGUCACUCCAAACAUGACGAUUGUUCUAGUGCCGAUGAAUAUUAUUGCCAACAAAGCGGUAGAAUCUAAAGUGUCUAAAGGUAAAGGGCCGAUGGUUGAGAAUGAGCAAGUUGAAGAUCACAAGAAGAGCAUCACUUUUGAGGAAAGUCAGGAAUUCCUCAAAUUGAUCAAGAAGAGUGACUUCAAGAUCGUCGACCAGUUGAACCAGACUCCUCCCAAAAUCUCCAUUUUGUCUCUGCUGUUGAGUUCUGAGGCUCAGCAUAAAGCAUUGGUGAAAGUUCUGAAUACCGCUCAUAUGCUGCAAGAUAUCACGGUCAAUCAAUUUGACAAUGUGGUUGCGAAUAUCACUGCCAGUAGGUAUUUACGAUUUAAUGAAACAAAACUACCUCCUGAGGGAAACGCCCAUAAUAAAGCACUACACAUUUCAGUCAUGUGCACAAACUCUCUUCUAUCUCGAGUCCUAGUUGACACUAGUUCUUCGCUUAAUGUACUGCCGAAAGCUACAUUAAGCCAAUUACAAUUUAAAAGGCCCGAGAUGAGGACCAAUGCAUUCAUUGUCCGAGCUUUUGACGGUUCCCAAAGACAGGUUAUUUGGGAAGUGGAUCUUCCCAUCUGUCUUAGACCUCACCAAUUCAACAUUACCUUCCAAGUCAUGGACAUCAACCUAGCUUACAGUUGUCUGUUAGAUAGGCCGUGGAUUCAUGCUGCUGGGGCAGUCACCUCUAUGCUGCACCAAAGGUUGAAGUUCUUGAUUGAUGAUAAAUUGGUAAUUGUGUAUGGUGAAGAAGACCUGUUGAUUAGAGAACUCUCGUCAUUCAGAUAUGUUGAGACAGAUGAAGGGAUUGUUGAGAUUCCACUCCACUGUUUAGAAUUUGAAGAAGUCAAUUCUGCUACCGCCAACCAUGACCAAUCAUCCGCUACCAUUCUAUCUUCAGUCAGAAGCGCCAAAUAG